AGGUGUCAAUUGACCCACUCCGCCAUUAUGGGUGAAGCAAUCUCUCCAGAAGAUGGAACAUACGGCGUCAAGGGCCUUCCCCGGCCACCAAAUACCAUGAGAUACCCUGGAGAAAUUCCCUACGUAAAGGGCCUUCCAGUCCGUAAAGAAAUAUCGUCUCUUGCCAGCUCAGACGAUCCAAAUGAGAGGAAACAGUGGACGCUAUUCGUGCUAGCCUUGGAGCGCUUCAAGUCUAUGCCCGUCGAUGACAAGCUAUCCUACUUCCAGAUUGCCGGAAUCCACGGGUAUCCAAAGGUUGCCUGGGACGGCGCGCCGGAACCAAAACAUGCACCGGACAAGAAGACUAAACAGGCUGGUGAUCAGCCUUUCGGUGGAUACUGCAACCACAACAGCCUGAACUUUCCUGCAUGGCAUAGACCAUAUAUGCUUCUCUUCGAGCAACGUAUUUGGGAGAAUAUGAAGCUAAUUAUCAUCAACUGGACGAUCGCUUUUGGCUUGCCAGUCUCUGAGGCAGACGAAUGGUUCACAGCAGCAAAACACUGGCGGAUGCCAUACUGGGACUGGGCUAGGCGACAACGGUACCACGAAGACUUGGUUUGCCCACCAGUACUUACUCAAGGAGCCGUGCGAAUCUACCCACCAACUACGAUAAAGAACCAAUUCCCACGAAGCGGUCUCUAUCCCAACCCACUGGUGGGCUUCGAGAAUCCAGAAAAACAUCCAAAUACAGGGAAACCCUUGCCCUUCGGUAGCAUGCCCGGGAAAAAGUCGAAAUGGAAUAUCAAAGACAAUCCAAUAGUGCAUGACGAACUCCCGCUCAAGAAGGAUUGUGAUUGGGCUCCAUGGAGCAAAACUUCGAGUACCAGCCGCUAUGGGAUCUUCAGAAGAGAAGACAUCUCCGAGGAAGAGAGGGACCCAGCUAAUUAUUUCACUGGUCUGCAUGGAGUAAGGAACUGUUGGCAAGCAAACGUGAACCUCUCGAAGGCUCAUGAGAAUGGCCCGGAUGGCAAGCCCAGAUGGAGUACAAUGGAGCAACAUUCGAAAGACUAUGCAUGGAAUCCUGGGAGCCUUUCCGAUGCAGUUAAUCGUAUGUUCUCGAAAGGCUAUAACUCGAACUGGGGACAGUUUGCUUCGACGAAGUGGAUUGCUGAGGGCAGAGGAUGUCCGAGGACAGGAUAUAUAUCUCUGGAGUAUAUCCACAACAAUAUCCACAACUUGACGGGAGGAAGUGACUAUGCCACUGGCAUGGGCCACAUGAGCGAUGUGCCAGUAGCAGCGUUUGAUCCCAUCUUCUGGCUUCACCACGUGCAAAUUGAUCGCUUGUUGGCUAUAUGGCAAUGCCUCAACCCAAAGCUAUGGUUUGACAACGAACAACCAAGGGGUUUCAAUACCGCGAGUACGACAGCUUCGAGUAUAUCCGACGACAAGGAAACGGAUCCUCUUGAACCGUUUCACAGGAAGGACAACGAUCUCGAAAAAGAAGUUUGGACGGCGCAAGCGUGUCGGGAUUGGACAGAGUUGAAUUAUCAGUAUGAUGACCUUGCGGAGGUAGCUGAAAGAACGAUACAAAAGCAUGGGCGAUUUAUACCGGGGGAGUUCCAACGAGAGCUUCGAUCGCAUAUCAACACGAUCUACCCAGGCACAGGACAUCUCAUUGAAUCGAUGGACAAGUCCAGUACUGUUUUCGACGAAAUACGGUCAUAUCCGGGCCAGAAAGGAUUUUGGAAGGAUUACAUCGUCAACGUGGUGUAUGACCGAUACGCCCUAGACGGUCUGUCUUAUACAAUCCAAUUCUUCUUAGGUGGACCACCAGCCAAAGGCACGAGUUUUGAAAAGCGCAGCUACAUUGGUCAUGUGUACUCCUUUGGUGGCAGACAGAGCUCGUCCGGGGGCUCUUGCAACAAUUGCAAGAAACAAGCUGCAGCACAAGUCCUUUCAUGUGCUCAGGUCCCGUUGACGAUCCAUCUUCUUCACCAUAUCAGAGACAAAAUUCCCGACCACUCUAUCGAGAACCCCGAUGAGAUUGAAGACUAUCUUAGACUUCAUCUUCAAUGGAGAGUCGUCAAGUAUGGCGGUGAAGUCAUCUCCGAAGAAGCAUGGAAGGACUUCUCAAGGCUCCAAAUAUCUGUCUUGCGCGGUGUCGGUCGAAUCAGGUCGGACAAGGCACAAAGUGCAGGUUCACUCUCUUCUUUGUACAGCGAUUAUGUUCCAUUACCUGAAAUUACUGAUGGGAAACCCGGUGGCUUGCAGUGCGACAAAGCCCCCGAAAACAGCGAGCCAUUCGUUCAGCAGAACAAGAACGCUGUGCAACCACUCCCCAAGGCGAAAUUCAUGACAGCAAAGAUUCAAAGGAUUGUAGUGAAAACUUGUGGGCAAGAAGCCGAGGCACUGAAGUCUUCGCCAUUUCAAUCAAAAGUUCGGUAGUUGCUGAAAACAUGGAUAUAAGGUUACGCAGGGUCCUGGUAUGCCGACUGUUCCGAGAUCACUUACCAGGAUCAGCCGGGAGAUUUCGUCGGUAGCUGAACGCCUGGAGUAGAAAGAAUGUCUUUGUCUUCUUCAACAUGUUUUAAGACAAGAAUGUUACAAUAAAUUUGUUGCACUGCUCUGUUCAAUGCAAACUCAGAUGCCUGCCAUUGGUACAGUACCAUCGGGUGUCGCCUCAGUUUACGGCCCCUCGGGAUCCCGAA